AUGAGAAGCGCAAUCAUCGUGGGGAGCGCCGCGUGGACGGGCGCAAAGGAAUACACCGACGAGUACGCGGAGCGUAUCGUGCAGUUCCUCAAGUACACGCGCGAGGACGCGCUGUGCGAGUACGCCUCGAACCUGCGCCAGGGCAUCUAUUGCGACAUGUCUGCCGAAUUUACGGUCGGCCGCCACCACAUGGUGCGCAAGCUGCGCUUCGAGGACGGCGUGGAGUGGGUGGCCCGACUGCGGAUGCCACCGAUUUGGGGCGACAAGGAGCCGAGCUCCCACGCCCUCAGCAUAGCGUUGAGUUCCGAGCUCGCAACGAUGGCAUUUGUCCGACAAAACACAGAUAUUCGGGUACCCGAGGUGCACGGCUUCAAUCUUGAUAUUGACAACCGGGUUGGGUCCGUGUUUGUGCUUUUGGAGUACAUCCCUGGAAGCACUGCGGAAGCCGUGUCUAGAUUGUAUAGCCCUGGUGCCGACGAGGGCAGCAUCCCGCCGCAAUUCCGAGACAAGUUUUGGGGGCAGCUGGCGGGCAUCAUGGCGCGUUUGGCGGCUGUACGGCUCCCAAAGAUUGGAUCCAUCUACAGAGAGAGCAGCAACCUGGGGGCCUUCGCGACGGGCCCCAUCGCCGAGACUCUAUCGGGGCCGUACGGUUCGGCUGCGGCGUUUUACCGCGACUUUCCCCAGCGGCUGGCAAGGCGGCCUGCCAACGGCUCGGCAGCCGUGGACGGACAGGUGGCGGUGCUGCAUGGGUUUGCAAGGGUGGCAGCAGCAUCGUUUGCUUCCGAGACGGACGAGGAAGAAGAAGAAGAAAGUCGAGGGGGCUUUGGGCUGGCGAAUUACGGCCUGGAUCUGAACAAGGUGCUGGUGGACGCCGAGUUUAACAUUCUGACCGUCCUGGACUGGGGCUCGGUCGUGGCUCUGCCAGAGGCCGCGCUGCAUCGGCUGCCCCGGUCCAUGGGCAUCGACGCGGCGAUACCAGGACAAGGAGAGGCUCUAGAGGCGGUUAGGAAUAGAUGGGAGCGCGGGCAUCGGUUCGCUGAGGCGGUGGAGAGGCAGGCGGUGCAGGACCAAGGCGAGAGCGUCGUAUUUCCGUUUACGGCGGCCGGGUUCUACGCGCGCGAGGCUGUGGCAUUUCGGGCACUAGUCGAGAUUCGGAGCAAGCAGGGUCGGGUGAAUGAUGAAUGGGUCAAAGGGCUGAACUGGCUGGCAGAACAUGGCGAUGAAGAGUUAGCGCAGUUCUAUGAGGAGAAUUGA